CGGCGGCGGAGGCGGAGGGCGCGGGAGCGGGGCCGGCAACCGGGCAGAGCGGCACCGAGCGCCGCCUUCCCUCCGCCGCCGCCAGCGGUCGCCCGCGCCCGCCCGCACCGCCGCCGAACGCCCUCCCCACCUUAGCCGCACCGGCGGUGGGGUGGGCGGGCGGGCGGGCCUGCCGGGGCGCGGAAAUCGAGGCCGGGGCUCCAUCGCGGCCUAGCUGCUGUGGGAGAAGGCGGGGAGGCCUGCCGUUACCGCCGCCCCCGCCGCCGGCCUUUUGUCUCCGCUGGGCUGGGUGGACGCGGCGGGGGCUGUUAGAAUGGAACAGACUGAAGGCCCUAUGAGAAAAAGGGAAAGCUAAGGAUGCUGGAGCAGAACAAUGGAUUUCUCUUUCUCUUUCAUGCAAGGGAUCAUGGGAAACACAAUUCAGCAACCACCUCAACUCAUUGACUCAGCCAACAUCCGCCAAGAGGAUGCCUUUGAUGCCAGCAGUGACAUUGCUGAAGAUGGUGGACAAACGCCAUACGAAGCUGCCCUGCAGCAAGGCUUUCAGUACCCCACGCCCACGACGGAGGACCUUCCGCCCAUCACGAACGGCUACCCACCAACAAUCAAUAUCUAUGAACCUCAAGCCAAAUACCAGACGUACAGUCAAUAUCCCAAUGGUUCAGCCAAUGGUUUUGGUACAGUCAGAAACUUUAGCCCCCCAGAGUAUUACCAAAUGGAAAACUCUAACACAAGGCCGCACGAAGUUCUGGAAAAACCUUCCCCUCCACAGCUGCCGCCUCCACCACCACCUUCAGUUUCACAGACGGUGAUUCCAAAGAAGACUGGCUCACCAGAGAUCAAAUUAAAAAUAACCAAAACUAUCCAGAACGGCAGGGAAUUGUUUGAGUCCUCUCUGUGUGGGGACCUUUUAAAUGAAGUACAAGCGAGUGAGUAUGCUAAGGCGAAACAUGAAGGGAGAAAAGAGAAAAGGAAAAAAAGUAGCAAGCAUGACUCUUCCCGAUCGGAAGAGCGCAAGUCGCACAAAAUUCCAAAAUUAGAACCAGAGGAACAAAAUAGACCAAAUGAGAGGCUUAGCAUGCUAUCAGAAAGACCAAGAGAAGAUACAGUGUUGGAGGAAACCCCGGUCCAGCAGUUCUUGCCUUCUCUUUCAACACAAGUCGCCCAUGACGUCAAGUUUCAGGUUGGCGAUCUGGUUUGGUCCAAGGUGGGAACAUACCCGUGGUGGCCUUGCAUGGUUUCAUGUGAUCCACAGCUUGAUGUUCAUACCAAAAUUAAUACAAGAGGUGCUCGUGAAUACCACGUUCAGUUUUUUAGCAACCAGCCAGAGAGGGCGUGGGUGCACGAGAAGCGGGUUCGAGAGUACAAAGGACACAAACAGUAUGAGCAAUUAUUGGCUGAGGCUGCUAAGCAAGCCAGCAACCACUCUGAGAAACAGAAGAUCCGCAAACCAAGGCCGCAAAGAGAGCGUGCUCAGUGGGAUAUUGGUAUUGCCCAUGCUGAGAAAGCACUGAAAAUGACUCGGGAAGAAAGGAUAGAACAAUACACCUUCAUUUAUAUAGACAAAGAGCCAGAGGAGGUUUUGUCAAAAGCCAAAAAGACUGCUGCUUCUAAAUCGGAGACCAAGAAGAACCGACGACCGAAGCCAGCUUCGAACACCCAGCCAGAACAUGCCAACGUGGCAGCAGCAUCACCUUCAAAUGCUGAGGUGCGAAGACAAAGCCAACGGAGGCAGUCAAGUGUGGAAGAGGAGGAGCCACCUCCUGUGAAAAUCGCAUGGAAAACAGCUGCAGCUAGAAAAUCCUUGCCAGCUUCAAUAACCAUGCACAACUUGGAUCUUCAAAAAUGUAACAUGUCUCCAGUUGUUAAAAUUGAACAGGUUUUUGCCCUUCAGAAUGCUGCUGGGGAUGGAAAACUCAUCGAUCAGUUUGUUUAUUCCACUAAGGGAGUUGGUAACAAAACAGAAGUAAGCGUCAAAGGACAAGAGAGACUUAAUUCUUCAUCAAAUCAGAGAAACGAAAAAGCAGCAGUGCAAAACGCGUCCUCUCCUGAAACAACUUGUGGGUCAACAGGUUCUGUAGAAAAGAAGCAACAGAGAAGAUCGAUUCGAACCCGCUCAGAGUCUGAGAAAUCCACUGAAGUUGUGCCAAAGAAGAAGAUCAAAAAGGAGCAGGUUGAAAUGGUUCCACUGACAGCAGUGAAGACAGGAUUGCAGAAAGGUGCCAGCGAGAUUUCAGAUUCUUGUAAACCUUUAAAGAAAAGGAGUCGUGCCUCGACUGAUGUCGAACUGACGAGCUCAGCUUACAGAGACACAUCAGACUCGGAUUCGAGAGGACUUAACGAUUUACAGGGUAGUUUUGGAAAACGCUCAGACAGCCCGUCAGCUAUGGCCGAUGCUGAUGCCUCGGAUGUGCAGUCGGUGGAUUCCAGCUUAUCCAGGAGAGGAACUGGAACGAAUAAAAAAGACACUGUUUGUCAGAUCUGCGAGAGCUCUGGCGAGUCUCUGGUGUCCUGCGAGGGCGAGUGUUGCAGCGUCUUUCAUCUGGAAUGUCUCGGCCUGAAGGCGAUGCCCGAGGAGAAGUUCAUCUGCACCGAGUGUAAAAACGGAGAACAUACAUGCUUUUCGUGCAAACUUCCCGGCAAAGAUGUGAAGCGCUGUUCGGUCAACACGUGCGGUAAAUUUUAUCACGAGGCCUGUGUUCGCAAGUUUGCCACCGCUCUCUUCGAGUCGCGAGGAUUCCGUUGCCCGCAGCAUUGCUGUACCGCCUGCUCCAUGGAUAAGGAUAUUCAUAAAGCAAGCAAAGGUCGCAUGGUGAGAUGUUUCAGAUGCCCCAUUGCCUAUCACUCAGGAGAUGGCUGUAUUGCUGCAGGAAGCUUGUUUGUGUCAUCCCACAUUCUCAUCUGUAGUAACCAUUCCAAAAGGAAUCACUCCUCAUCAGCUGUAAAUGUAGGCUUUUGUUUCGUUUGUGCAAGAGGGCUGGUAGUGCAGGAUCAUUCAGACCCCCUGUUCAGUUCAUAUGCCUAUAAGUCCCACUACCUUCUGAAUGAAUCAAAUCGUGCUGAGUUGAUGAAAUUACCUAUGAUUCCUCCUCCUUCGUCAGCUUCCAAAAAGAAAUGUGAGAAAGGUGGAAAACUGUUAUGCUGUGAGUCCUGCCCAGCUUCCUUUCACCCCGAGUGUCUCAACAUAGAAAUGCCUGAAGGAUGCUGGAAUUGCAAUGACUGUAAAGCUGGCAAGAAGCUGCGUUACAAGCAGAUCGUUUGGGUCAAGCUUGGAAAUUACAGGUGGUGGCCAGCAGAGAUCUGCAAUCCCAGGUCUGUGCCUCUCAACAUACAGGGCCUCAAACAUGAUAUCGGGGACUUCCCAGUAUUUUUCUUUGGUUCACAUGACUACUAUUGGGUACACCAGGGCAGAGUUUUCCCUUAUGUUGAAGGAGAUAAAAGCUUUGCUGAGGGGCAAACUAGUAUUAACAAGACCUUCAAGAAAGCACUUGAAGAAGCAGCAAAGCGCUUCCAGGAGCUGAAAGCACAAAGAGAAAGCAAAGAGGCAUUAGAAAUUGAAAGGAAUUCAAGGAAACCUCCACCUUAUAAACACAUUAAAUCCAACAAGGUGAUAGGGAAGGUUCAGAUUCAGGUGGCUGAUCUGUCGGAAAUCCCUCGCUGUAACUGCAAGCCGUCGGACGAGAACCCCUGCGGGCUGGAGUCGGAGUGUCUCAACAGGAUGCUGCAGUACGAGUGCCACCCCCAGGUGUGCCCGGCGGGAGAGCGCUGUCAGAACCAGUGCUUCACCAAAAGACUCUACCCCGACGCUGAGAUCAUAAAAACGGAUCGACGUGGGUGGGGUCUCAGGACAAAAAGGAGCAUUAAAAAGGGCGAAUUUGUGAACGAGUACGUUGGCGAGCUAAUUGACGAAGAGGAGUGCAGGCUGCGGAUCAAACGUGCACAUGAAAACAGUGUAACCAAUUUUUAUAUGUUAACUGUAACCAAGGACCGGAUAAUAGACGCUGGCCCAAAGGGGAAUUAUUCUCGUUUUAUGAACCAUAGUUGUAAUCCAAACUGUGAAACGCAGAAAUGGACAGUGAAUGGCGACAUUAGAGUCGGACUAUUUGCUCUUUGUGAUAUUCCUGCAGGAAUGGAGUUAACGUUUAAUUAUAACUUGGAUUGCCUGGGCAAUGGCAGGACCGAAUGUCAUUGUGGAGCAGAAAACUGCAGUGGUUUCCUAGGAGUGCGUCCAAAGACAGCAUUUGCAACGGCAAAUGAAGAGAAGGUGAAGAAUGCAAAACUAAAGCAGAAGAAGCGGAAGAUAAAAACAGAACAGAAGCAGAUGCAUGAAGACAACUGUUUCCAGUGUGGAGAUGGGGGAGAACUAGUCAUGUGUGAUAAAAAGGACUGUCCCAAAGCGUACCACCUCCUAUGCCUUAACCUGACUCAGCCACCUUUUGGAAAGUGGGAAUGUCCGUGGCAUCAGUGUGACGUCUGUAGCAAUCCUGCAGUUUCCUUCUGUGAGUUUUGCCCUCAUUCCUUCUGCAAAGAUCACGAGAAGGGAGCCCUGGUGGCAUCAGCGUUGGAUGGCCGUCUCUGCUGCUCCGCACAUGACCCCAAAUCUCCCGUGGCACCUGAGUACUGGAGCAAGAUAAAGUGCAAAUUGGAACCACAGAAUCCUGUAGAAGAAGCAAAGGAGUGAAUUUGGUUAAAAACAAACAAGGGAGGGGCGAAGAGGGGCAAACGGGCGAUGAACUUGAAGAGACUGCUACGACACAUUCAGUCUUUGUCAUCGGAGCCGUCGUGUGCGAACUGGGAACGGGACCAUUUAAUCUUAGCAAGCAGAAGCAGGCAGUGGUGUUUUGUUUUUUAUUGUUUGGUCUUUCUUUUACCCUUGAAUGUGCUACAGCAGCUCUUACUGUUGGAAACCAGAAACGUCUUGGCCUUCAAAGAAAUAUGUAGACCUUUUGACAGUGAAAAGAAUAUUCUGUUUAAAAUAUGUUCUUUGAGUGUAGAAAGCAAAGCAUAGCAACAUAUUUAUUUAUUUAAUUUUUAAAGGGUGUUGAAGAUCUGUUUCUGAUCAGUCAACGUGUCUUUAAAAACAGAAUAGCAAAGCCAACAUAACUUUUAUGUCUAGUUUAUGAAAAGAAUAAAGCCUCCCCACUCUGUGUAACACUGAGAUGCCAUAAGGACAGAUGUGGGUUUCGGACCAGGUGACCCCGAAAUGCCUCCAUUCCAGUACUGAUUUUUAAAGGCAUUUUGAGAAGGUAGGUUAUGUAUCAUGUUAACGUAUGAAUAUUAAUGUAAGGCGUUUCCUAUGAGAAAUCAGGUGUAUGACUUCUUGGAAGUGCUUGUAACACGAGAUCUGGUAUUGUUUAAGGAGGGCAGAAAUCCUAGUUCCUUGCUCGAGAGCUGUAAUCCACGUUUGCCGGCAGGUGGAAAUUCAGAAGGAGCUUAAUUGCACAGUGGUCAUUCCUUUAUCCCACCUCAUGUGGAAAACCUUUGUAGUUAGGAGAGCUGCCCGGCUCGGGCCCGUACUGCAGCUCACUCAGAUGGCAGCGGGAGCUCUGCCAUUGAGUUCUUCAGGUGGAGGAUUGUUCUGUGCCUGUGUAUUUGUCACCUGCCAAGUCUGCGCUUGUUUUAUGGCAAUUAUAUGACUGGGAUUCUUUGUUGCCACCUUCUCAGACUCCCGUUAGCUUCAAAAGAAAUUUGAGCGCUGAAGGAAUCCGACCCAUGUGCAUAUUUGUUUUGAUUGAAUGCUUAGAUUUUUUUGCUGAGAGAGAUCUUCUAACUUUAAUCUUCAUUGUUAAUGGAGCUAAGAAAAAUCUCAGCACUUCUGCAAUGAACAGGGUAUUUUCUGUGUCUGGGGAAUGGGGCCGUAUUCACAGCAGCCAGCUUCAGCCUCAUGAGACGGUUCUCUCUUGGAUUUCUUCUGUUCGUCAGCAGAGAGACGGGCUCCUUCAGUGAGGCUUUUGAAGUGGCUUAGGCAGGCUCCUGCUCCAGACUUUCUUUCGAAAACCUGUCCUCCUCCAUUCCUGUGCAAGGAGCCUGGGGGUUCCAGUUUCCCCAGGCUGAAGUUAGGCUGUGCUGAGCCGCCUCCCCUGGCCCUGCGUCUUACACUCUGCCUCUCCCCCUGCCCUGGUGCAGUUAGUGUACUUUUGACUCGUACGCUGAAAUUAGCUGACUUCCUGCUGGCUUUUUGCUAAUGGCUAUUGAAAACAGUCACGAAUGAACAUAAUUAAUAUCAAGUGUCACUGGCAUCUGGCUAAAUUAAGUCUUUGAAUUAAGAAUUAAGAACCUUGUCUCUGAAAAACUGCUCACAUAAACCUACGGGAACGUGGUGACUUCUCAGUUCAAGAAAAUAGUAGGCUGAAAAAGUACACGUGGGAUUUUAGAACACAUCUUGCCUCUGGCUGGUGUCCUCAAAUUUAUGUACGGGGGGAAUUUUUUUGCGUGCAAUUGUACAAUUACAAAAUACACUACAAUCUCUUUAAGCAGCCGCUGUGCCAUGGAACUGAUCUGGCAGUUCAUCUUGCGAACGCCUGCAGACGCCUUUCCUCCAGACUCGGGACGGCUCUGCGGGUCUCCUGGGUCGCUGCGUGGUACAGGGGGCUCCUGGGAUCUCUAAAGCACUUCAUCUCGUGGUCCGUACUGCAGUGAAUGUCUGAAACACUACUCUUGCUUGAAAGCAGUGCUGUAUUUUGGUAUUUUUUACAAAAAAAAAUUUACAAAAAGGAUUUUAUUUUUCUUAACAUUUUGUGUGAUAAAUGUCUCUUUUUAAGCUCUUACUGGGGGUGUUGAACCUUUUCAGAAAUUCCAAACGUAGCUCUUGCUACCGUGUCUGUAAGGCCCAAUGUGUUUACUUUAUAUUAUUUAUUAGGCUUGGUGAUGUUCGAAUGAUUUUCUCUGCGAGCGGUCUGAAUUUUGCAGAACUGCCGCGGUGCGAGUGCACCUCCCUGCUUUUCCAUGCGGUGUCCAUGGGACGCGCUGGCGGGAGGGGACGGUGUGGCAGCACCGGGACCCUCACCAGGGAGCAGGCGAGGGCCACCACCCUCGGUCACCGCACGGGACCUGCUGCUGGGACGUGCCGGGGCGCCGAGUGUCACAGAACACGUGGAGGUUCAAAGAAGGCUUAAAAACUUGUAAAAUGCUGUGAAUUGAGGCCUGCUGCUACUCCUGUGCCAUGCCGCUUGAUGUCUUGGUUAACUUUGUUUUCAAACUUCUUACAGGUGCUCCUUUUUUCCACCAAAAAAAAAAAAAAGAUUAAUAAUAGCCAACAGCUGGGCUUGGACUUUAAAGGGAAAACAGAUUGGUUUUUAAGCUUGUCCGACUUAUGAACAGAGUCUGAACUGGAUUUCACGCUAUUGGAGAGAAGGUGAAUCUUUCAAAAAAACUUUAACGUUCUUAGAUAAGAAAAUACCUAAUUCAAAGUAUCUUGGUAACUCUAGGGGGUUUGUUCUUUAUGCCAAACACAAAAUGUUAAAAUACACAUUUUAACUAUUUCUUUGCAAACUGAGUAACGAUAAUGCAAUUCCUUUGUAAGGAAAAGAUUGAACAGCUGCUUUGAUUAUUUGGCAUCAGCAGAGGGCGAGUCAGCCGCUGAAUUAAAUUUGUGUGGUCUCUAAAAUGAGAUAAUUAACAUUGGGUAUUUUGGUGGUUUCACGCUGAGGCCUGGAAGAAAUCCACAGAGCUGCUGGUGAUUUUGGUUGGGAAAUUCUGGUGUUUAGGACUGUCAGUCGUUCCUUACCGGAACGCACCCUCGUGCUUUCCCCUUACUUUCGCUUUAAUUUUUUGCCAUAGCGCCGUGCUUCUGGCGAAGGCCUGGCUCCAGCGCUGUCGGCCGGGUGCUCUCGCGUCGGGGCUGCGCUGCAAAGUUACCGGAUUUCGUUGUUUACCGGAGCUUUUCCUCUCUGGUCGCACCUUAGCACAGCGCAGAGGCUCUGCAGGCCGUGGCCAGCGGUGCAGGGGCUGGUCACUGCCCUUCUCGCAGACGCGGGGCGAGCGUUAGUUAUUGUAGCUUUCGGCUCGGCGCUAUAGGCUUGGCCUGUCGACAGACUGUUGAAGGCGUUUGCAGCUCAGGAAGGAUAAUGUUAAAGGCAAUUUUGUGGGCAAAUUACCUUCUCUGGUCACCACCAUGGUCUUAGAGAAUCUGUUAAAAUGGAGUAAUAGGGCUGGAAUGUUUAAUUUUGGCCUUUCUUCUAAAAAACUUCUUGUAUCUUAAUUUCAGGAUAGUAUGGGAAAGACACAAUUACUAGACGUAAUUAACAAUGAGCAUAAAAUCUGUAUAUAUGGAAACUUUACAGAACUAUGUGGGUGGGGCGGGGGAGGAGGGUGGGAGGGGGGAUGUCCAACGCUGGUACGAAGUAGUCACUUUAACAUUGAAACCUCUGCCUCAUUGAAUUCAGGGUUUAAUGUACUUGAAGCUCUGCGGUUCCUUUUACAGCUUUUUUUUUUUUUAUUUAUACAUAACUUUUUUUUUUUUUUGUAUACUACAUUGACAAUGUCUUUGACGUCCCUGAAGUUACUUUCUGCUCCCGCUGUACAGUGAGUCUCUGGCAAACGGCGAGCGUUCCCAAGCGCCGUCUGGGUUGUGUGCGUCCCCACGGGGGGUGUUGCGUGAGAGACGGCAGCCCGGGGGGGACGCUGCCCGUUUGCCUUCCGUUUCUCAUCAGCUUUCCCCUGCUGUUUAUCUUUGUGUAGCAAAAACAUUUGCACUUACGAUACACUCCUACACUUUGGAUGUAUUCACAAUGUUGUUCUGAGGAGAAAAAAAAAAAAGGCAAAAAAAAAAAAAAAAGCUGUUUCCUAUUAUAUUCUGUUCCUGAGUGAGGAGCUCAGGUGUUGUUACCCCUGUGAGGGGCUGUCUCACCGCUCUGGAGAGAGGGGAGUUGUUAAGCUGAAACUCUGUGCUCUGCAUGGGAGACUUCUGUAAUUAAUGUGAAAUCAAAAAGGGAAAACGCGUAUGAAUUUGCCAAAGCCAUUCACUCAUCCCCUGUUCCUCGCGUGGCACUGGCUGCCCGGGGGUUGUGCACGGAGAGAAGGGAGCUGCCUCUCCUCGCCCCGUCCCUGCCAGCGCCGGGAGGUGGCCAUGGUGGCCCUCCCCGGGCCUCCCCGCACCGCCGGGCACCGGCCCCUUCCCACCCGCGUCUGGGGCAGGAACGGACCGGAGGAAAAAAGCGUUUCCUAUUCACUGGUGGGGCUCUAUCUCAUUUCUGGUGUCACUUUUCCUUUUCAAUCAAGCCGAUGGCGUUGCCACAGACAACAAGGUGCUCCGGUGGCAUUUGGGCUGGUGGAGAGGGGGGCGGGGGCUCCGGGGGGGCUGUGGGAGACGCGAGCGAUGUUGCACAACACAGAUACCUGCAGAUUCCGUUUCCAUUCCCAUGUACUCUCUAUCUGUACGGAUGACCUUUGUAGAGUCGUUAUUUCUGUAGACUUUGUUUAUCUGUAACAAACUUUGUAGAUUCUGUGAAAUGUUAUUUUAACGAAAUCACUCGAGUCUUUAAUAGCAAAGCAUCAAUAUUCACUGAAGUCGAUAUCUUAAGAGUUUUUGGAAGUUGACUAGAAGCUCUUGACACUAACGAAGUAGUGUUACCUUUCCCUGGCGAUGUUCCACUGGGGCAUUACUGUAUUAUGACUUGAUGUUGCCGCAUAGACUUUGAGAUAUACGAUAUUUUGGGGGUUUUGUUGUUCGGCCUAUGUUCUCUUGCAUAGUGUGAAACCUGUAAAGCUUGGUUAACCUGUACAUAGAUAGCUUACCGUCAACUAGUUAUAGUGUAUCUAGAAUUGCCUGUAAUAUUUUAGCUUCUUACUGAAUGUCUGUGAUGGUAGGAACAUAUAAUUUUUGUACAUUAUAUUUACUGAGAUGUCGCCUUUUUUAUUUUACAAAUACUUUGGAAUUCAGAUGUGUUUUUGCUUCCGUGAGGAUUAAUUUGGAAAGGUUUUUAAUGACAUUCCACUGAUUUGAACUUUUGCUUGAGGUUGACUUCAAUAAAUCGUUCUGAAUGUUCCAACGACGAAAAGGCUUCUCCCUGCGUCUCGCCGGCCGAGCACCGG